AUGGCAGAGAAUAUAUCUCUUGUGACGGGUGCGAGCGGGUUUAUCGCUAGCCACGUUGUUCAGCAGCUGCUGGAAAAGGGCCAUACGGUCCACGCUACCGUUCGCAGUACCAAAAACGGAAAGAAGAUCAAGCACCUCCUUGAUAUGCAGAAGCGAUGGCCCGGCAAGCUGAUUUUGUUCGAGGCAGAUUUGCUCAUGGCUGGCUCGUUUGAAGCUCCCAUGAAGGGCUGUUCGGUAGUAUAUCAUAUUGCCUCGCCCUUUUUCAUCGAGAACAGAAUCCGUGACGGGCAGAAAGAGGUUGUUGAGCCGGCUCUCAAAGGAACACAGCAUGUGCUUGAUGCAGUUCAGAAAUGUGAGACUGUCAAGGUUGUUGUCUUGACAUCGUCAGUGGCGGCUGUUUUUGGCGACAAUGCCGAUGUACUAGGAAUGAAGGACAAAACACUCUCCUCCGAGUAUUUCAACACAACCAGCACCGUCAACUACAACUCCUACCCCUAUUCCAAGGUGGCCGCUGAGAAAGAGGCUUGGAAGCUAUACAAAGCGCAGCCAAGCCCCCCACGCUGGAAGCUGGUAACUAUCAACCCUGGGCUCGUCUUAGGCCCGUCCUUGUCUCCAACAUCCGAAUCUGGCAGCCUGUCUUUACUUGACCAGCUCCUUCGCGGUCAGCUUUUUCUCGGUGUACCAGAUAUGUGGUUUGCAAUUGUUGAUGUGCGAGAGGUCGCAACUGCCCAUAUUCAAGCUGCCCAGAUUCCGGAUUCUGAAGGCCGCUAUAUCCUGGCCGACAGCAGAACAUACAGUUUUGUGGAAGUUGCUCGCAUUCUACGAUCUAUCACUCAAUCUUGCUGGAUUCCGAAAAAUAAACUCCCGAAUACCUUGGUGCGGAUGUCUGGACCAGUGCUCGGAUUAAGUCAAAAAUGGCUGAGGCUGAACCUGGGGAUCCCUUUCGACAUCGACAAUCGUCUCAGCUUGGACCAGUUGAAGAUAAUCUACCGGCCUCUGGAGGAGACCUUGGCGGACCAUUAUCGGUCCUGGAAACGUGCCCAGAGCUUAUCGCACUAG